AUGCUCCACUCAUCAAAUGAAACCCAACCGGAAGCCAGUGCCACGGGUGUCCCUACCAACAGUUCUCAACAACCUGGGGUAUCUGCAACUGGCCAGUUCUUGCGGCUACUCCCCACAGCUGAAGACCGGUGGCGUGUGGUCGACUUCAUCUCAAAAAUGAGGGAAACGGACUCUGAAUACAAAGAAAAACGACUGGCCAUCUCUCGUGAACUAGUUGGUUUGGUCGGUUACCUUAUUGUGCAACUCCAUGGAUUCGAUAACCGAGAGUGGGAGACACUUCUUCAAGCGCUUGAAAAAAGUAUGGACGAUCAUAAACAGGCGAUAACAGAAAUUGAAGCUGAGUACAGAGCUCAGGAGGCUCGUCUUAACAACCCGGAUGCAGAGCAGUUCUCCGAUUUCCAGAGAAAGGUGGCGGAACUCGAGCUCAAACUUCCGUUGCAGCAGCGACAAAUCUUGCACGCCAAUUUAAAGCUUUCUCCCGAAAACCAUGGGAAAGUGGAACAGUGUGUGGACGAUAUGAUGAGAAAUAUCCAGUUGUUGGAACACUCCAGAAGAGAAGUGGAGGAUCGUUUGCACUACCAGCCAUCAUCAAAUGAUGUUCAGGUUGUUGCCGAACUGAACGAAGCGUUGUGGUUGAGAGUGCCAACCGAAAAUGGGAGGGAGAACAUCCGCUUGAACUUCAAGACCAAUGUAUUCACCAGUAACGUCAUUGAUGAAGACCAAGGCCGAGGGAUGAUUAAUAUGUGGAAUAAUGAUUGA